CUCCACUUAUGACACACAAACAAGAAAAAGAGAGAGGAGUAAGUGUGAAUAUUUACCUAAUGAGAGAGAAGGAGAAAUAUAGGGAAGAAAAAGUCAUUUGCUUCUGUUUUAUUUCUUUAUCUGUUCAAAAGUUUAUCUUUCCAAGUUGAACUCUUCAAAAUCUUGAAACGGUGAUCAUUUAUAUACCUGUUUCUCUGUGACUGAGUGAGAAUACAUGGAAAUAGAAUUAAGAGGGUUUACCUUUCGUUCUGAGUUUGAUUCCACAAACUGUCACAUCUGAUCCUAUUUGCAUCACUUGGGCAUAUGAAGCUAUAAAUUUUAUGAUCUGUACCCAAUCCCACAUACAUGAUUUGAACUUUCUCAAGUUUGUUUUAUACUCUAAUUCUAUUUUCUGAUCUGGGUUUUUUUAUUUUUUUUUUAUUUUUGUUCCUCUGUUUGUUGAACUAUUUGGGUGGGGUUGGAUCAAGAACUUCUGCAUUAUUUUACAAUUUGGGUAAACGAUUUCUUGCUGUUCUUGAUUUUAGUAUUGGGUUUUUGUUGGUGGAUCGAGUAAUUCAAUGGAAGUGAAUCGUGUAAUUUCUAAUUCUGCGGAAUCAGAGGAAAAAGUUGAAGCAAACAUGAAAAAGAUGACGUUUGUUAAUGGUGGUGGAAAGAAUUUCGUCGAAGAGUCAAAGGUUGUCGAAUUUGGAAAUGGGCAAUCAAGUUAUGUUCUAAGAGGAAAUCCCAAGAAAACAUGGAGGGCUGUCGAUUCGACCUCUCCCUUGCCACCUGAUAAGGUCUGCAAAGAAUGUGGUAAAGGGUUUCAAUCAAUGAAAGCAUUGUGUGGUCAUAUGGCGUGUCAUUCGGCGAAGGACGAUAAUUCUUGGACAGUGAUGGACAGUCAUUCGGAUACUGAGGUCGAGGAUUCUAGGCUGAGAACAAGAUCUGUAAAGAGUAAGAGGUACAAGAAUGUACUUGUUAAGUCAUCUUCUUUUUCUUUAGCUAAUGGUUCUUCGUCUGUUUCUGAACAAGAGGAUGUAGCCUUGUGUUUAAUGAUGUUGUCCAGGGAUUCUGGGAAGGUGAAUUCAAUGGUCGAGUUUUCUGAUAAUAAUUCAGUUGUUCUCGAGACCAAAUCUUCGUCCAUUGACACGAAAAUUUGUAGAAGCGAAUGCCUAGAAUAUGUUCACAAUGUAGAUGAGACUCCUCAAAUGAAGAAAAUCGCUGAUAGGAAAUCAAAAGCUAUCGCUUUGGAUGAUGACAUUGCUCAAACAGACAAUUCAGAUUCCGGUUAUUUCUUAGAUGAAUGUUCUAAGGUUGACUCUGAUGUAUCAGUUGAUGGAUUCUUUAGAAACAGUUCUUUUAAUGAUUCCAAGAAGCUAUGUAUCAGGAAGAACUUGUUUGGAGUCGAGCAUUUUGAAACAGAGAUAGGGAAAGAAUUUAUGAAGGAACAUGAAUAUGGGAUGACUUGGAAUUCUGCGAAGAUUGAAUCACGAAGGAAGGAGUAUAUUUCUGAGAGUAGGAAGAUGGAGAAUGGUUCUUCACAAGUACGCAAUAAGGCUCAGACGAGAAGUAAAUAUGAAUGCUUGAACUGUAAAAAGACCUUCAACUCUUAUCAGGCUCUUGGAGGCCAUAGACCCUGCCCUAAAAGAAGCAAUGUUCGUUCUGAAUCACAGUAUGAAACUAGUGAAAACAACCUAGACGACAACUCUCUUGAUAUCAGAUUUGCACGUAACCAAUGUGGAUUAGUUAGCAAUAAGAAACCAAUUGCUAAAAAUUCAUCCAACAAUUCGGAGAAAAAAGUUAAGCCUAAGAAAAACAAAGUGCACAUAUGUCCAUUCUGCCACAAGGUUUACAAGAAUGGCCAGGCUUUAGGGGGGCACAAGAGAUCUCAUCUUAUCAGUGGUCACUGGAAGAAAAACAAUCAAAUUCAACAAAUCAAGCCCGAUCUUCCCAAUUUACUUGAUCUUAAUCUUCCAGCUCCAGCGGAGGAUGAGGAUGAUGUGCUGCCAAUUCUUCCACAGCAGUUCGGAUAACCUGAUGGACAAUUAUCCUCAUUAUGCACUGUUUGCUGAUAUCAAAGAUGGUGCUGGAAUUGCAAUUAAUUUUGUUUCAUGUCGACUCGAUUUUUUUACUUUAAAUUCAUCUAUCAUUUUCGUUAUAAACAUUGAUAUUUGCA